AUGGAUUCCAAGUAUUUAACUGUGUUAACAAUAUUAGCUGUGUUAAGUCAAAUUCAUUGCAAAAUUCGCAACUAUGAUGAUUUUGAUAUUGAAGCCAUGUUGGGGAACCCGAGUAGAUCGAAAAAGUUUUUCGAGUGUGUAAGAAACGAUGCUGCUUGUACUAUUGAAGACAAGGACAUGAAACAUGAUCUGACCGAGAUGCUCGUCACAUCAUGUGCAGAUUGUACACCAUUAGAAAAAAACAAGCUGCAAAGCCUAAAACGUCGAGCGAUGGAAGAUCCUGCUAUACUAAGUCUAGCUCUAAAUGGAUAG